GGUAUCCCAUGGAGACAAAGCAGGCUCGAGCCACUUCCCCAGAGGAAAACAAAAACAACACAAGCUGUCCUGGACGGUCGCAGCCAGAAGGUGGCGGUAAUGCAGCCCAAACGACGCCAGCGAACCUUGACGCACAGGAAGAAGACGCGAACUUCCGGGCAGCACAAUAACAAGCAAUGGCGGAGGAAGGACCGGGUCGAGCGGCCAAAGCGGCCCCAACGGCCGCAGAGAUGCAGCUUCUCCGCCGCCGACAGGAGCUGGACUACUUCCAGAAAAACGCAGCGCGGAUCCGGAGCAGGAACCUGCUGACCGGCUUGGGCAUCGGGGCGCUGGUGGUGGGCAUCUUCAGCUACACCAUCUUGUCAGUCAAACAGGAGAGGAUCGUGGAGGAGCUGGAUGAAGAGGCCAGGAUCCACAUCAUCAGGGGCCCGCGGACUGGGGCCAACUCCUGAUCAGCAGCUCAGCUGGACAAACAUGCCGAUCCGUUUCUCCUUUCACAUAAAUUAUUCCACUGAUUGCAUGAUGUCUGCUGAAAAAUGUUUAGUUUCUUCUAUUUUGAACAUUAAUUUUAAAAAAAGCUGCUAACACAAGUGAUACAUGUAUUCAUUCUGACAUAAGAUUGUUUUAAUGAAAUAAAGUCAGAACAGUUGUAAAAUC